UGAAAGAGUUAACAGAAAGAAGAAGCCAGCAGGAUUCCUGUGUGUCUGUGAGAAGAAGAGAAAGAAGAUAAAGGUAGAGGAAAACAAGGAACAUCUGUGCUGCAAGGAACACCAUGGAAAAACAAGCGGUGUCUGGUGACGUGAAGCACAACAGACCCGUGGGGACGGAUGGGGGGAGCAGAGCCCUGCAGGACCCAGAGAGCGGCGAGGGGAGCAGCCAAAGGGCUCCGGACCCAGAGAAUUUGGCAUCCAGAGUUGGAACUCCAGGUGAGCCACGGGGAGCACAGACCAGUGAGGCCUCUGGCAUCUGGCAUAUUUACCAGGUGAGCCAUCGGUUAGAGGAAAAUGGGCUCGAACUUAUCAAGAGAAGAGAGCACAGUUUUGUCUGCAUGGAAAGCUUUGCUUCAAAGCAAAGGCAUUAAAAUUACAGAUGAUGCUCUUCGUAGCAUGUUACUAUGGGCUAAAUCCCAAAAUUUGUGCACUGAUGUAAAUACAGCUUUUUCCCUUAGACAGUGGAAAGCCGUUGGGGACAGACUGUGGGAUGUGAUCUCGCAAGGGGACAAAGCAGCUGUAAAUUUAGCUACGACGUGGAGACAGCUUUAUGAUGUUUUAAGAGAGCGGAGGAUGAAGCAGAAGGUGGAACGAGAACCAGGGCAAGGCACGGGAGCUGGUGGGCAACAACAGAUGGCUGAGAUUCAGUCUGGUGCUGUGCCCCUCCCUGGGGGACAGCCUGCGGGAGUCGCUUCCGUGGGGGCUUCAUCAGGCUCUGCUGAUGGGGGGACCGAGCGGUCACGGAGCAAUACCCCCCGAUAUUUGUCUCCGAGAGACCGCGGACAACCAGUGUAUCCUUCUCCUGCACAGCAGGAGUUAAACGCGAGGCGCAAAUACCUUCCUCCUGCCCGGCAGUUAGCAGAGCUGACCUUGAGAGAGACACAAGCCCAGCCGUCUGCCCCCCCGCUUUCUUCUAAGUCAGAUGAAGGAGCAGAGCUGUUGAGAGUCUCUCCUCCGUUACCUGAUUCUAGCAGAGAAGAUGAUGAAUUGCCAGAGAUGAGAAACUCUGGUCAGAAGCGUGGAUCUGCUUCUCAUAAAUCUUAUAGUAGAUCUAAGCUUGCUGCUCCCUGGACUUUACCUUCUUGUGAAGUGUCUGUGAUGCCACUCAACCCUGCCCAGUUUUGGCAAUCUGUCAAGGAAAAGGCAAUGGAGAUGUGUGAUGGGGACUUAAUAGAAAAACUAGGUCUGCCAGCAAUGACCAAUGCACCCAGUGCUGGUACAGAUGUUGUUAGUAAUGAUCACACAGCCUUUCCUGCUCCCAGAGCAAUUCCUAACACAGGACAGAAUUAUACACAUAAAGCAUUUUCCUGGGGAUUUGUUCAAUCCCUUCUGUCAAAGGUCACCCAAUUUGGUGUUAAUUCUCCUGAGGUAAUGCAAUUGGUUCAUGUUAUUAAUGUUUAUAGGCUUGCUCCACGUGAUAUAAGACACCUUGCUAUGAUUUUGUUUGAACCUGUACUGUAUGAUAUAUUUCAAGAUAUGUGGAGGGAGUUAGUUGAGAGUGCUGCCUUAAACAAUAUGAAGCUCUCACAGCAACACCCCUGUCAUGGGGUGGGAGCUGAUGCCUUGAUGGGCACUGGGCCUUUUGAUGACCCACAGUUACAGGCCCAGUGGGAUCCUUUGGUUUUGGCACAGGUUCAACAAAUAGGCAUCAGUGCUCUAAUUAAAGCAAUGGAGCUGGCACCUCCAAAACAGAAAUGUUUUACUCCCGAAGAGCAAGGACGGGGAAUGGCACAAUGCCCAAAAAAUAAUGAGCAAAAGAUGAAAGCUAAAACAAAUUUGAGCUGUAAGACUAUUUGCAAUCGCUGUGUUAAAUCUGGACACUACACUAAACAAUGCAAACAGAAAGCUGUUGCAGGGAAACUGGAAGAAGAGCACAGAGCAGGGUGGGGGGACAAAUACGCCAACAACCACAAGCUCUCCCAGAACUGAAAAGCUGUCAAUUUGUGGAAACUAUUCAGGGGUCAUAAGGGGCUCCACAGAGGUAAAUACAUAGAUAUACUCACCAUGUACACAGUAGCUAUUGCAAUAAAACAAAUAUACAAAGUUCCUCUUGAUGCCUAUAGUCCCAUAGGACACAGGCUGAGUGCUUUUCUGAUAGGGAGAUCAAGCAGUAUUAUUAAAGGUAUUUAUGUACGUUUAGAGAUUAUUGAUGCUGAUUACCUGGGACAAAUUCAUGCUAUGGUAUCUGUUAGUGAACCCCCUGUUAUCAUUCUGAAAGGCAUUGCUCAACUUGAUGCCUUUGUGAGUUGUGUUCCAAAUACAGUGAACCGGAGUGGUGGCACAGGAGGUUUUGGAUCUACAGGAGCACCUCGAGUAUUUUGGACUCAGAAAGUGACAGAGAAAUGUCUGGAAAGAACAUGUGUCAUCACAGCCAAGGGACAUCAUGCAGAGACUAUAACAAUAACAGGUUUGAUUGACACAGGAGCAGAUGUAACUAUAAUAUUGCAGCUUUACUGGCCUCAGACGUGGCCUCUUACACAAAAGGGUUCUGGAAUUAUUGAACGGGGUGGUUCAACUGCAGGUGCUCUGUCUGCCAUUGAGAUAAAUGUAAAACACCCUGAUGGCCAACAAGCCUAACAUCAGGCCUUAUGUUGUUUGUUCCCAAUAUAAUUUGGGGGGGGGGAGAUUGCUUAUCUCAGUGGGGUGUCAAAAUCACUACGGAUUUUUAGCAGGGGCCACUGGGAUGCAGGGCCUUAAACAUCCAGGCCCUGACAUGGUCUGUCUGGGUCAGUCAGUGGCACCUCACUAUUGAAAAGCUUGCUGCCCUGCAAGAAUUGGUAGCAGAGCAGCUGCAAGCUGGACAUACUGAAAAAUCAUUCAGCCCAUGGAAUACCCCCUUUCUUUUCAUAAAUAAUAAAUAAAAUAAAUCAGAGAAAUGGAAACUUUUGCAUGAUUUGCGACAGGUAAAUGCUGCAAUGAGUUACCAGAAUACCUGAAUUUGGUCAUUUUAAGUAUGUUUAUGUCACAGUUGACACUUUCAUGCAAUGGUUGCAUUAGCAUUUACAGGAGAAGCAGCUUGUGAUGCUAUUCAUCAUUUUUGUCAUGCUUUUUCUAUUUCAGGAGCUCCAUCACACAUAAAGACAGAUAAUGGCCCAGCCUAUGUUUCUCAAAAGCUGCAAAUGGUUUUCUGUAUUUGGGGCAUUGAUCAUUCUACAGGUAUCCCCCAUGCCUCUAUGGGCCAAGCAAUCACUGAAACAGCACAUGGCGUUCUUAAGCUCCAAAAUGAAAAACAGAAAGGGGGAAUGCAACAGGAACCCCCUCAAGUGAGAUUAGAUAAGGCAGUUUAUGUCUUAAAUUUUUAAAGUCCCUUGCCUGAUUCACAGUUGUCUCCUAUUUUCUAUCAUUUUUCCUCUCUGAAUUCUAAACAAUCAGACCUUGGUAGAAAUACUAAGGUGUGGGUUAAAGAUUUACUUACUGGAGUGUGGUCUGGUCCCAUGGAAUUAAUAACUUGGGGAAGGGGAUAUGUUUGUGUUUUGAGAGACAAUGGCCCUGGUUGGGUUCCUGCUCUCUGUAUCAAGCCUUACCUAGAGCGUGCAAAAAUGAACAGGAUGGAUGGUCCUACAGCCAAAGCAGAACAUGUGGAUGACACUGGCUGAGACCAUACAUCAGGAUAAGUUGUGUUUGUGAAUUUAUCAGGUUGUAACAAAUUAAAUCACAGGAGUGGUUUAGAUUUUAAAGAAAGAAUUAUUCACUUAUGGGUGGAUGAAUAAUGGGAAUAGUUAAGUAGUUUCUUUGUAGGGUGGGCCAUCACUGUAUGGUUAAAAGCAUGGUUAAGAAUUGGAUUGUCAAUUUUGCUGGUGAUUAUAAUUGUUGUUUUGUAUCUCCCUUGUUUGCCUGGAUUUCUGCAAAGGGCUCUGCAGAAAUCCUUGGCAGCUGUGUUUGCUGCUCAAAUACAAAGAAAAUAGGGAACUGUGGCUGAGGGUCAGAUGAAAGAGUUAACAGAAAGAAGAAGCCAACAGGAUUCCUGUGUGUCUGUGAGGAGAAAGAAGACAAAGGUAGAGGAAAACAAAGAACAUCUGUGCUUCGAGAAACCAUGGAAAAACAAGAUCUAUCUGUAUUUUGGAUUUUUGGGGAUAUUUUCUCAAAACAGUGCUUCCACCAAUGGACUUGAGGGGUGGUGUGGUGAUGGCCAAUGGAAUGGGGUGCACUAUGGGGUGAGAAGGGGAUGAAAACGCUGUGUGCAGGCACAAUAAAGGCUUGGAUGAAGUUU